AACAUAAGAAGAGACGAAUGAAGUACACCAAAACCACUUGAUUAAAUAUUCACGAGAGAGAGACCUGCCCUCCUAGGAAAGGAGCCUCCAAAGUUGCACCCCUCAUUGUUUUCUUUAUUACUAUAAACAAAACCCACCCUCUCUUACUUCUCAUCCCAAACUUCUUUCUCACCUCGAACACAAACCAUUUUAUUUCUCUCUCUCUCUCUCUCUCUUUUUCUCUCUAUGUCAAUCAUGGAUGUUAAUACUACAACCACUGUACCUGCCGGGCCACCAACUAAGCACCAUUCUUCUUACACACAGCAUCACUUUCAUUCACAAAAACAUAACCAUAGUAGUCAUGGUCAUUUCCCCUCCAAAGCCAUUCUCAUAACCAUCGCAUUGGUCACCUUAGUCACGGUCCUAUUUAUCAUUUUUGUUGUCUUAUUCUUGAUCCGUCGCCAAAAGUCUUCCACUAAGAAUGGAACUUGCAAAGAAGACAGCAGAGAGCUUCAUGACACAAGCAGCAGGCUCAUUACUUCAACAACGUUGAAUUCUAGCCCAGAUGUAAAGAGUGGGUGUCUUCAUGGGGGAAAUUUGAGCAGGACCCCAGCACCUAAAUUUCGAGGAGUCCAAGUCUUCACCUAUAGGGAGUUAGAAAUUGCCACAGAUGGAUUCAACGAAGCAAAUGUGAUGGGUAGUAAUGGAGGGCAUGGCUUGAUGUAUAGAGGAGUUUUAAGGGAUGGCACUUUGGCAGCAAUUAAGUUGCUUCGAAGUGAGGGUAAGCAAGGGGAGCGUGCCUUCAGAAUAGAGGUCGAUCUCCUAAGUCGCUUGCACUCUCCUUAUUUGGUGGAGUUACUUGGCUAUUGUGCUGACCAACACCACAGGUUAUUGAUUUUUGAAUACAUGCCCAAUGGUACACUCCACCACCAUCUUCACUCUUCCAACGAUCAAACUCAACCGUUGGAUUGGUGGACCCGGAUGAGGAUAGCCCUUGAUUGUGCCAGGGCGCUGGAAUUCCUACAUGAAUAUGGAGUCUCACCUGUGAUCCAUAGAGACUUCAAGAGUUACAACGUUCUACUGGAUCAAAAUUUUCGUGCCAAGGUGUCUGAUUUUGGAUUGGCUAAGAUGGGAUCAGAGAAGAGGAACGGUCAGGUUUCCACCCGUGUGUUGGGGACCACUGGAUAUCUGGCACCAGAGUAUGCCACGGGUAAGCUAACUACAAAGUCAGAUGUUUACAGCUAUGGUGUGGUUCUUCUAGAACUGCUAACCGGACGUGUGCCAGUUGAUAUCAAGCGGGCCCCAGGAGAACACGUCCUUGUCUCUUGGGCUCUUCCAAGGUUGACAAACAGAGAAAAGGUGAUUGAAAUGGUUGACCCAGCUCUACGCGGACAGUAUUCAAAGAAGGAUUUAAUUCAGAUAGCUGCCAUUGCAGCAAUGUGCAUACAGCCAGAAGCUGAUUACAGGCCGCUCAUGACAGAUGUUGUACAAUCACUGAUACCACUUGUUAGGAACCAAACCUCUCUUAGUUCAUCUAGCUCCCUACGAUUUCAGAAACAAACGCCAAGUCCAAGUCAUUAGGUGUGGAUUACGUCUACGUUCUGUUUGAGAAGAGCAGAAGCGGAGUAGAAAUAAAAUACUAUUCCUAAAAUAGUACUUGGACAAACGUUAGGGCCCAAAAAACAAGUGCAAUAUCACACUUGAUGGGGUACCAUCGAAUUGGCAACUUAGAUCAGUGGAAUUCCAUCAUCCCUACUACCUUCAACAGCGGAGAAGAGAGGAGGAAGAAAAUGUAAAACACUAAGACAAUGAGGAUAAAAUCAUUUGCAUUCA